CUCAGAUCCCGCCCACCAACCUGGUGGAUCGAAUAUCACGUCCGUCUUUCACCGCAUCACUCGACUCCGUAUUUCAUCCUAAAUUCGCGUUCUGACUUGCAGUGUUUGAGCCGAAACCUCUCGCAUUUGACAGCACAGAGUGUCAGCAUGAAACACCAGUCGUCUUCUGUAUCCUAAACUGGGUGGUUGGGAGGGGAGAAGCGGAUCUUUUGACCCCAGCCUUCAUCACCGCCUGGAUAACGGGCACAGAGCCACCCGACAGCCUCAAUUGUUGUUUCCAUUUUGCCGACAUCUGCUGCGUGUUGCUUACAUUUACACCCGAAGCAACAAGAGUUUGAUGUUAGGAUGUGAUGGACCACUUUCAGCACAGACCCUGAAAAGAACAACCAGCUUUUUUCUCGGGGGGGAUCCGAAUAUUUCUUCCAGCCGAUUUUUGUUCAUUCAUUGGGAGCAGAACAACAAUCCGGGGCUCGGUGACAUGAUGGAGAGUGUGGAGAAGGAGUGCGGGGCUCUAGGUGGAUUGUUUCAGGCGAUCGUCAAUGAUAUGAAGUACUCCUAUCCAGUGUGGGAAGACUUCAUCACAAAGGCCACCAAACUGCACUCCCAGCUAAGAACCACAGUGUUGGCGACCGCAGCGUUUCUUGAUGCGUUUCAGAAGGUGGCAGACAUGGCAACCAAUACCAGAGGUGCCACCAGGGAUAUCGGCUCGGCUUUGACCCGGAUGUGCAUGCGACACCGCAGCAUCGAAGCCAAACUGCGCCACUUCACCAAUGCUCUAAUGGAAAAAAUGAUUGGCCCACUCCAAGACAAGAUUGAAGAGUGGAAGAAAACUGCAGCUCUGCUUGAUAAAGACCAUGCCAAAGAGUACAAGCGCUCCAGGCAGGAGAUCAAGAAGAAGUCAUCUGACACAAUAAAGCUCCAGAAGAAAGCUAGAAAAGAACUACCAGGUCGAGGAGGUCUUCAGCCACAGCUAAACAGUGCCAUGCAGGAUGUGAAUGACAUGUACCUGCUGAUGGAGGAGACGGAGAAGCAGGCUGUGCGUCGAGCUCUGCUGGAGGAGAGGGGAAGAUACUGCACCUUCAUCAGCUUCCUGCAGCCUGUGGUGGUGGGUGAAAUUGCCAUGCUGGGAGAAGCUACUCAUCUUCAGGCCAUCAUUGAAGAUCUCACAGUGUUGACCACUGACCCACACAAACUACCAGAGGCUAGUGAACAGGUGAUUUUGGAUCUUAAAGGCUCUGAUUAUAAUUGGUCCUACCAGACGCCUCCUUCCUCUCCCAGCAGCAUCGGAUCCAGAAAGAGCAGCCUUUGCAGUUUGGUUCACCUUCCACCGGGUGGUGCUCAUCGUCUGAGCAGCGUCUCCUCUCAUGAUUCUGGAUUCGUCUCUCAAGACGCAAAUGUUCACUCCAAACCCCCCUCCCCGAUGCCAUCUGACAUCACCAGCCAGAAGUCAUCCAGUUCUGCAUCCUCAGAGGCUUCAGAAACCUGUCAGUCAGUCAGUGAGUGCGGCUCUCCCACAAUAUUGGGCUCAUCCUUUGCUACCUUUCGCCCGUCUCACUGUUUUAAUGAGUCCAUCAGGCCUCACUCUUACACUCUUCCUGCGUCCCCUUCAUAUAAUCAAUCCCCAGGAUCAAACUCCCCUUCACCCACAGCAAAGGUUCCUUACUGGAAGCAGGACUGGUCAAAGGUCGGUCAGUACGAGCAGUUAUCUGUCGGUCAGCAGCGCAGGACUGAAGCUGCAGAGCCCUCUAGUGGAGCAGGAGGACAUACACACACACACCCAGAGGACACUUACAGGCUUGCUAGGAUGAACUCUAAAGAUGCCACUGCCAAGCAUGGUAAGCUGGUGUCGUCGGCCGCUAGUGAGCUGGCUAUGGUUCUGACCCGUGGCCUGAGUAUAGAGCAGACGCAGAAGAGCAGCUGUGACUCUCUGCAGUACUCCAGUGGAUACAGCACACAAAACACCACACCAUCCUGCUCGGAGGACACCAUCCCCUCACAGGGAUCUGAAUAUGAUUGUUAUUCCAUGAACGGUGACGCUGAUAAUGACACACAAACAGACUUUGACAAGUCCUCAACCGUCCCUCGCCACAGCAACCUGGCCCAAAACUACCGGCGAAUGAUCCAGACUAAGAGGCCAGCCAGCACAGCUGGGCUUCAUGGAGCACUGGCCGGCCCUACAACCAAUGGGAAAGGAAGUAGCAUCAUCGCCUCAGGAACAGCCACCAUUCGUAGAACCCCUUCGUCCAAAACAAACGUGAGGCGCACCCCAUCCACUGUGGGUCCCAUUCCCAUCCGGCCACCAAUAGUCCCGGUAAAGACGCCAACUGUCCCAGACUCACCUGGAUUCCUCAGCCCUCCUCCAGAGCACAAUGGAAGCGAGGAAAGCUUGUAUAAUGACGACUCGAUGGAAAUACUAGAGUACAAAGCUUCUCCAAAGCGAAUGAGUCUGCCAACAUGGGGAUCUGGGGGCGGAAGCGUCUACUCCCAACCGCCUGGAGCUGCGGGCUUCAGUUCAGAAGAAGACCAGAUACUUGCUGCCAAUCGCCAUAGUCUGGUGGAGAAGAUUGGAGAGCUGGUGGCUAAUGCUCACGCUCUGGGCGAAGGCCAGUUUCCGUUCCCAGCAGAUCCUCUGGCUGACCAGAGCCUCCAGCAGGAUGAAGGGCAUGAGAAGGGAGGAGAGGACAUGCUGAAGACCAUCCGCAGAGGGGUGCGUCUCAGGAAAGUGAGUUCCAAUGACAGAUCUGCACCAAGGAUCAUGCGAUAGUCCAGCAGAGUCUCUUAACUCUCCAAAUGAACAGGAACAAUAUAUAUGAAAAUAUAAGAAGGUUCAGUGUUAAAAUCUGGCGUCUAAGGCCCCGAUCACACUAAAUAAGCUUUUCACUUCUGGAAACAUUUGUAUUUUUUGUUGACUUUAGAAAUAAGCACUGCGCUGCUCCGUUAUCUUGCUAGGCAACCAUUGCAUCAAUGAUUUUGGUGCUGGAGUGCGUGACAUCGGGCACUUUUUCCACACAGAGUUGACUUUUUUCAACUGGAUGUGCACAGAACGCUCAGUCAAAAAUGUGAGGUGCAGCAGGUGGUUAAGAUGUGAGGUGCCCAGCACAAUUCACCACAAACAAAAAAAAAAUGUGUUCGUUGUGAUCGGGGCCCAACUAAAAUGCUAGAAACGAUGUUAUGAGUUGAGCGUGUGUGGAUAGGGGCUGAACAACUUCUGAUUUUUUUAAAGUUGACUUUUCUGCCACCAAAGUUGACAUCGACUAGUCGCUGGUAAUGUCAUGAAUAAAACACAAGAUGCAAUUGUUGUGCAACAUGUCACGAUUUACAAUUUCCAAGAAAAAUAUAUACAGAUGAUGUUGACACCUCAUUAUACGUUGCUAAAACAAUGCAACAUUACCAAUGACUCAUUUUAGUGCAAAACAAAUGCCUUGUCAACACUGCGCAUUUCAUUAACAAUGCAAGAUUAGCAUGAGCUAAUUUUACUGCAAUAUGCAGAGUCAACACAUUGAUUACAGCAUGAAUUUAACAACAACAAAACAAUUUAGUGCAAAAGUCAUACAUAAGUCGUCAGCACAUAGAAAAGAUUCAUCGCAAGCUAUUUAAUACCAACAUAACGCAUCAGUCCUGCUCAGUAGCAUAUUUUACUGCUAUGAUAGUGCGUCCAGGCCAAAAAGCUGCUCAAAAUAUUGCUCAGGUCUGGCCUUUUUUGUGGUUAUUGGCUCAUCUUUGUUAUCAGAUGUCUCCUCACUGUGUACAUCUUCACCACUUUCACCUGCGAUCAUUUUUACACAAGAUAUGAAGUUAGCCACACCUACAGGGCUGCGCGUUUCACAUUUCAUUCACUAAAUAUGUCAGCAUCUGCUUUGCAGAGGACAACAGCUAAUCACAUUACUUUUCUAGUGUUCUGCUAGCAUCUGCUCUAGGGAAUUUGCAUGCAGCGAUCUUCGUGGUUGACUCCUGUUUAAUAUAAAAUUCACUCAAAGUUCACACUGACUUAAGAGUAAACAUUCAUUCAUUCAUUUUCUUUUCGGCUUAGUUCCUUUAUUAAUCUGGGGUCGCCACAGCGGAAUUAACCACCAACUUAUCCAGCAUAUGUUUUACACAGCGGAUGCCCUUCCGGCAGCAACCCAUCACUGGGAAACAUCCAUACAUACUCAUUCACUCACAUACACUAUGGCCAAUUUAGCCUAUUCAAUUCACCUAUACCAUAUGUUCUUGGACAUGUGGGGGAAACCGGAACACCCGGAGAAAACCCACGCAAACACGUGGAGAACAUGCAAACUCCACAAAGAAAUGCCAACUGACCCAACUGGGGCUCAAACCAGCGACCUUCCUGCUGUUACUCACUGCGCCAUCAUGCUGCCCUAAGAGUAAACAGUAAAGUUUCAAUUAAAUUCAACCUGAGGGCAGUUUUAUUCAGUGAAUCUACAUUCAUGUGUAAAGCUGUCAUGUUGUUCAGGUCAUAAACCAAGUGAUCUAGUCGACGUCAAUCAAAAAGCACCAUGGCAGAGCAUUCAAGUCGACCAGUCUGUGCAACCCCUAGUAUGGACAUGAUGCUCUUCUGGACUAUUCUUGUUGCAGUUAUACUCACCAGAUUUGAACUAAUAUCUCUUUGAUGGACAAAUUAUGAUGGGCAUACUAUGGCCUGAAGGACGAGAAUGUAAAGUUGAAUAUGUGUAUUAACAUACUAGCCAGUUGUUCCUUUUUGGAGUUGCAAAUUUGUAAUGACUAUGUUCUUUAUGUUACUUCUAUGUAACUGCUAUGUUUUUGAGACAUUUCCUCUCCCUCGUGUAACUAUUGUAAAGAGCCAAAGUCUUGUUCUCAACUGAAAAGCUGCACAAAACGGCUUGUACCGCAGCUCAGACUCAGAUGGACCACACAAUCGAAUCACCGCACAUGCUGUAAACUGCCAAAUAAAGCACAUCAGUUGUACUAGA